UCAACUAUCGUGGACGAAGUACACACAGUUCGGUCCUCUCACUAAACACAACAACAAUAUGAGCGAACCUAAAGACAAUGAGAGAGGACAGUCCAACUCCGACAACAGUGAGGGAAAAGACUUGGUAGCUGCCAAAGAUUUAUAUGACUUUGCGAAAACAACCAGAAAACCCCGUCCGCCUAAACCCAGCAAAGCUGUAACGAUUGCGGUGUCCUCGCGUACACUGUUUAACAUGGUUAAAGAGAGGAAGGUGUUUGAAGAGGAGGGGCUGGAAAGGUACGUUGCGUACCAGCAGGAGAUGGAGGAUCAGCCUUUCACCCCAGGGGCCUCGUUUCCUUUCGUUAAGGCACUGAUUAAUGUAAAUGCUCGUUUGAUAGAACUGUACCCAGACAGUGAAGAGCUAUUUGAUAUUGUACUGAUGACUAAUAAUCACGCCCAGGUCGGAGUUCGUCUCAUCAACAGCAUUAAUCACUAUGAUCUAAAUAUUGAGAGAUUUUGUAUGACUGGUGGGGAAAGCCCGAUUGGUUACCUAAAGGCAUACAUGACCAACCUUUACCUGUCCAAAGAUUCAAAGAAGGUACAAGAAGCUAUUGAAGAAGGAAUAGCAGCUGCCACAAUGUUCACCUGUGACAGUGAGAAUGAGCUCAGUGACACCCAGUUACGUGUAGCCUUCGACGGAGAUGCUGUUCUGUUUUCCGACGAGUCAGAAAUAAUUGUUAAAGAACAUGGAUUGGACACCUUUUUUAAGCAUGAGCAAGAAUUUGAGAACAAGCCUCUUGCUAAGGGCCCCCUGAAAUGCUUCUUGGAAGCACUUGGUAAACUCCAGCGCAAGUUCUAUGCAAAAAACCAGCGUAUCAACUGCCCUAUUCGCACGUACCUGGUUACAGCACGAAGUGCUGCCAGCGCUGGGGCACGUGUCCUAAAGACCUUACGAAGCUGGGGACUGGAGGUAGACGAGGCCCUUUUUCUGGCUGGGGCUCCUAAGGGGCCUCUCCUACAGAAGAUCAGGCCUCACAUCUUCUUCGACGAUCAGAUGUUUCAUAUUGAGGGAGCCCAGGAGCUGGGGACCAUCGCUGCCCAUGUGCCUUAUGGAAUUGGACAGAAGUACAAUAAGGGGAAAUGCAUAGAAACAAAUAAUGCAGAAAAAUAAGGAAACUAUUUGAUUAUUAUUAAAUGCAAAUGUCAGAGUCCCAUCUUUUUAGGUACCUCAACAUCCAUUCAGUGUCUUAAUUAUGUUGUCUAUACAAUACCUCAAACAUAAAUAUUUACUUAUAUUAAUAAUGAGUUGGAAUUGUUGCUGAAGAGAAGAUAAUGCAUGGAGGGCACAGAUAGUUUGUUUUAUUUAUUUAUUUUUAGGACAGAUGGUUACAUAAGUUAAAUGUCUUGCUGGAUUGCUUUCAAUCAGAUGCAUUAUAAAUACAAAGAACCUACUGUGCUCAAAAUGCACACCAGAAGUGGAUUUCCUAGCAUGUUAUGUAAAGUACUAAUCCAUCUGAACUGUAAGGUUAAACAAAAACAUACUUCAUCCCUUCCUCUUUUUUUUAAAUUAGAAUGUGCAAUAAGACAAAUUUACAAGUCUUUGCACCUUGUUCACUAAUAUAUAUAUUUUUUCCAAUAUUUAAUAAGAAUUUUAUCUAUAGUAUCUAUUGAAUUCUAUCUCAGGAAAUAUAAAUAGUAAGCGCUGGUGAAUUUAAUUUAUAGUGUAAAAUUUUAUUCUUGGAUGUAAAAUUAUCAAGUUUGUUUUGUAGUCCACUGCUGUAUUUUGGAUACUUGUGUGGCGGUGACCCACCACCAGUGUUUCCUGGCAGAUUUUACUGCAGUAAUAAUAAAUGAACUGUGCCCUGAUUAAAUGUUGGAAGAUGAAGGUGUGAUGAAACCAUGUAUAAUGUAUUAGACGUUCUAAUUUAGACCCUAUAAUGUUUCCCAUGAGGUGUUCAGUAUAAUUGUGAGAAAUAGGCCUCAGAUGGAACAAUGUGACCUUUUUAUGCUGAUGCUUGCGUAUCUGCUUUGUAUGUUUUCGGCACUGUCUUGAGCACAAAAUGUACUUGGGACAGGUAAGAUAUUUUAUCUGCCUGUCUGUGAUAUAUCUAUUAAAUAUUGUUAUAAAACGAUUCAAGUAAAACUCCUUGUAUCUCUGCGAUGGUUAGGAUCCGUCUGUGGCACAACUGCGGUAUGUGUCACUAGUCGCAGAACGAUAAUUCACAAAAACCGCAGUCAGCUCUCAUGAGAGGUGAGGGUCUUUGUUGUUGAAGACUGUUUAAAGGGCCAGUCCUGUGGAUGAAGUGCGCGGAUUCCACUAACAGUUAGUAGGAGUUUCAUUGCCGCAUUCACUCUUCGUGAUAGGAAUGAACUUUGAUAAAAUCAGAGAAUUGUUCAUACCAAAAACCAAAACAAGAGACAAUUUUGUUGUUUGAACAAAAUGGGACAAACGAUAAGUAGACCAAUAGGAGACAAAACGCCCGUACAUUGGAUAUUUAGAAAUGAAUGAAUGAAUGAAUGUU